GCGGAAUGCUGGGCCAUCCCUGUCGAUCAGCCGGUCGGAGGGCCGCGCUAGUGUCACCCUCCUCCUCGGCUAUCCCCAGCGGACUCAAUCAGCACCCCUCCCAACCCCCCGAAUGGGGUAACGGCAUGCACAUCCCAGUCUUAUCGCUGGCUGCCGAAGGAGUAAUAGUGGGCUGCCGCUCCUGUGCAAUGCUGCUGGCUGCCCGUCGUGUUCCACCAUAAUAAACAAUAAAUAGCUCUGCUUGCCCGUCCUCCUCUCCGUCCCUUUGUCUGUUCUGUCUUCGUCCCUUCGGCACCCUUUCACCAUGUUGUCGUCCCUUCUCCACCAGGGAGCAGCCGUAUCCCUCGCCGUCCUGUCGCUUCUCCCUUCCUCGGCCGUCGCGGAAGUAUUCGAGAAGCUGUCCGCCGUCCCCAAUGGCUGGAGAUACGCCAAUUCCCCCGAGGGCACCGAGCCCAUUCGCCUGCAAAUCGCCCUCCAGCAGCACGAUGUCGCCGGGUUCGAACAAGCCGUGAUGGACAUGUCCACGCCCGGACAUGUUGACUACGGAAAACACUUCCGCACCCACGACGAGAUGAAACGCAUGCUGCUCCCCAGUGACACCGCGGUUGACUCCGUCCGCGAAUGGCUCGAAUCCUCCGGUAUCGACAACAUCCAGGUGGACGCCGAUUGGAUCAAGUUCCACACCACGGUCGACCAGGCCAAUGCCCUGCUGGACGCCGACUUCCAGUGGUACAUCAGCGACGCCGGACACGUCCGUCGCCUACGCACCCUCCAGUACUCCAUCCCCGACGCCCUGGUCUCUCACAUCCACAUGGUCCAGCCAACCACGCGUUUCGGCCAGUUGCAGCCCAACCGGGCCACCAUGCGCAGCAAGCCGAAGCAAUACGACGAGAUCUUCCUCACCAGCGCCACGCGUGCCCAGAACACCUCGCACUGUGACUCGAUCAUCACGCCGCAGUGUCUGAAGCAGCUGUACAACGUUGGCGACUACGAGGCGGACGCCAAUUCCGGCAGCAAGGUCUCCUUCAGCAGCUUCCUUGAGGAAUACGCCCGGUACGACGAUCUCAUUCUAUUCGAGAAAAGCCUCGCCCCCAACGCCAUCGGUCAGAACUUCACGGUCGUCCAAUUCAACGAUGGCCUCAACGAUCAAUCCUCUACCAGCGACAGCGGCGAAGCCAACCUGGACCUCCAAUACAUCCUGGGGAUGAGCGCUCCGCUCCCGAUCACCGAGUACAGCACCGGCGGUCGAGGCCCCCUCGUCCCGGACCAGAGCUCCCCCGAUCCCAACGACAACAGCAACGAGCCAUACCUAGAAUUCCUCCAAAACAUACUCAAGCUCGAGAACGACCAACUCCCACAAGUCAUUUCCACCUCCUACGGCGAAGACGAACAGACCAUCCCCGAACCCUACGCCCGCACCGUCUGCAACCUGUACGCCCAACUCGGCAGCCGCGGCGUCUCCGUGCUCGUCUCCUCAGGCGACUCCGGCGUCGGCGCCGCCUGCAUGACCAACGACGGAACCAACCGCACACACUUCCCCCCUCAAUUCCCAGCCUCCUGUCCCUGGGUGACCUCCGUCGGCGCAACCACCAAGACCACCCCCGAACAAGCCAUCUACUUCUCCUCCGGCGGAUUCUCCGACUACUGGCCCCGUCCAUCCUACCAAGACACCGCCGUCCAAGCCUACCUCACCUCCAUCGGAUCCAAAUUCGCCCCCUACUUUAACGCCUCGGGCCGCGCCUUUCCCGAUGUCGCUGCCCAGGGCGCUAACUACGCCGUCUACGAUAAGGGCGUGUUGGGCCAGUUCGAUGGGACGUCGUGCUCUGCGCCGACCUUUAGUGGGAUCGUGGGGUUGUUGAAUGAUGCGAGAUUACGAGCCGGAAAGCCUGUUUUGGGAUUCCUGAAUCCGUUCCUGUAUGGUGUGGGGAAAGACGCGUUGAAUGAUAUUGUCCUGGGUGGGAGUUUGGGUUGUGAUGGGCGGAAUCGGUUUGGGGGCACGCCGAAUGGGAGUCCCGUGGUGCCGUGGGCGAGUUGGAAUGCCACGGUUGGGUGGGAUCCGGUUACGGGGCUCGGGACGCCGGAUUUUGAGAGGAGUGAUUUUGAUUCGUGUGGAUAUUUACGACGAGGGUGAUUUGUUGUGCAUAGUUUCAUUGUGUUUAUUUUAUUUUAGUGAGAUACCUAAUUUUCGGGGAAUGAGGAUUAAUCCAUGCAUUGAUUGCAUUGUGGAGAAUAUUGUGUCUGUGUUUGUUUAUUUAUUUAUUUUUCAAGGGAUGAGAAAGGAAGUGAAUGGAGUAAGCA